AUGGAAUCACAAUAUGUAGUUUUAGCAAUGACUGAUAAACACCAGGAACAUCUAGAACAUUCGGGUGAAGGCUUCAUCACCAGCCUCUCUGCUUAUCCACCGUAGCAUCUCCUCAGCUGCUGCUUCCAUGAAACUCACCAUGCUCCAGGAUCUUCAGGGAUGUCUCAGGACCUGAUUCUACAAUGAUAAGUAUACCUCCCUGGAGACCUGCUUAUAUAGGGGCUCGUUGUUACCACCUGACCAGAUUUCAACCAUUUUAGCCAAUCAUAGCCUUACCUGUAUCAAGUAGCUCACCUGUUAGCAAUCCAGUACCCCUGAGCUAAUCCAAAACCCUAAGCUAAUGACAAGACGAACACCUGUGCAAGUUACCUCUUUGACUGCCACCCUCCCAAGUAUGUAUAUAUUUGGCUCUUUGCUAUCAAUUGAAAAGUUGCUUAGAAUUAUCCAUUCUUUAACAUACUUAGAGUUAACUUAAAGGAGAACCAUACCUUCAAAGUGUUAACAGGAGUCUUGCCCCACCCUUUGUGAGAGGAUGGGACACAUCCCACUGGUUAUAGAGAGAAAGAGACUUUCAGUUUCGUUUCUUGUUCCUGAUUUCAGUGAUGGCGGCUGCUGAUCUGAGAGACGAGCUGAGCUGCUCCAUCUGCCUGAGCAUUUAUACUGAUCCUGUAUCCCUGCCGUGUGGCCAUAACUUCUGCCAGGUCUGUAUUGGGACAACAUGGGACACCCAGGAGGGAUCUGGGGCUUAUUCCUGCCCUGAAUGUAGAGCAGAGUAUCAGGAGCGCCCUGCCCUGUACAGGAACAGAACUCUGGGUAACAUCGCAGAGAGAUUCCUUCCAACUGAGACAGAGCCGGGGGAGACUGGGAUCUUCUGCACCUACUGUGUCCUCUCUCCUGUACCUGCUGCUAAAUCCUGUCUCCUGUGUGAGGCUUCUCUGUGUGAUACCCACCUGAGGGGGCACAGCAAGUCAGCAGAACAUGUACUGACCCAACCCACCGACUCCUUUAUGGGGAGAAAAUGUUCUGUACACAAUGAGCUCCUAAAGUAUUACUGCUGUGAGGAGUCUGUCUGUGUCUGUGUGUCCUGCUGUCUGGCCGGAGAGCACAGGGGCCACAGGGUGGAGCUGCUGAGUGAGGCCUCUGAGAAGAAGAAAGAGACACUGAGGAAAGUUGUGGAGAAACUGAGGCCAGAGAGAGAGGAGACUGAGAGAGGAGCCCAGAGACUGCAGGAGCGCAGGAGAGAAGUGGCAGAAAAAGCAGCCGGUGAGACAGAGAGAGUCACUGCCCUGUUUAGAGACAUCAGGGAACAGCUGGAAGCCCUAGAGAAGCGACUCCUGAGUGACAUCUCCAGCCAGAAAGAGAAGCUCUCACUCACACUCACUGAUCUGAUGGAGCAGCUGGAAAUAAAGAAGGACGAGCUGUCCAGGAAGAUCCGUCACAUUGAGGAGCUGUGCAACAUGGCAGAUCCACUCACUGUCCUACAGGAACGGGAAUCACAUGGAGCUGCAGAUAAUGAGGGGGGCAGAGAGAGACAUGAUAUAAAGGUCCCUGCUGUAGGGGAUCUGGAUGUGGAUCUGAUCUCAGAGACAUUACUCACAGGCUUAGCUGCCAUUGGGACUGGGGUAAAGAGAAGGUGGAUCUAUGGGCAGGAGGCUACAGACCUGUUACUGGAUAUAAACACGGCUCAUUAUCAUGUAUCUGUAUCAGGGGACAGGAAAUCUGCUUCCUACUCACAUACAGACCAACGUCUCCCACAAACCCCAGAGAGAUUUCAGGAUUAUGCUCAGACUUUAAGCAGCAGGAGUUUCCCCUCAGGGCGACAUUACUGGGAAGUGGAGGUCAGUAAAUCAGGGAGCUGGAUGGUAGGGGUGACCUAUCCCAGUAUAGAGAGGAGAGGGGGUCAGUCCUGGAUUGGGGAUAAUAACAAGUCCUGGUGUUUGUGGAGUUUGAAUAAUAACAACCACACGGCGAGACAUGACAGUAUAGACACAGUGUUACCCCACGUCCCUUCCUGCAGGAGAAUCAGGAUCUCAUUGGACUAUGAGGUCGGAUGUCUGUCCUUUUAUGAGCUGAGUGAGCCAAUCAGACACUUACACACCUUCACUGCCACAUUCACUGAGCCCCUUCAUGCUGCAUUCUGGGUAGGGUGGGAUACCUGCAUGAAAUUCAUUAGUUAGGAACCCCAUUCCCAGAAUUGCCCUUAGCCCAGUGAUGCCUAAAAUGGGAGAAAAUGUUGGUGCCAUGUUAACGAUGGACAGUUUCCCUUAUCAAAUACUUUGUGGGUGUUUUAACUGUGGGGCAAUGAUGUGCAAUUAUGCAAGUUUGAUUAUUGGAACAAUAUUGCUCAGGACUUGGGGGUCUUCUUAGUGCUGAACUGUCUAUCUCUGUAAUCACUAAAUAAAUAGAGUACAUGAGUGUUUAAAGGACACCUGCUGGGCAAAAAAUAUUUUCCCCAAUCACAGGUACAGGCCAAUAGAGCCCACACUCCAGCUGGGGGUAACAGUAGGGUGUUUUUAAAAAAGAAUUAGCCCCUCCAGCGCUAGGUGUUUCAUACCUGAAAGGAGCUCCUAGUGUGAGCAGCCAUGUUAUACAGAACACAUGCACAUGAUGAGCUUUCUGUUUGUCCCAACAUGGCCGCUCUAACCCUCCUGGUGCUGGCGGGGGAGAAAUUUUUUAAAAAGAAUAAGAGGGUGUCCAUGUGAGCAUGUGGGGGUUCAUGUUUAUAGGUGUUAGAGUAUGUGUUAGUGUUAGAGUGUGCAGGUGUUUGAGUGUGUAUGAGUAGUUGUGAGUUAUUGCUCAUUAGCUUUUCAUCACUAGGACUAAUCAAAAAUCCUGCAUAUAUAAUUAAUUAACAAUAUAAUUCAAAGUCCCCCAGUUUAUGACUCUGGUCCAUUCAUUGAUGAAACCAUCAAUAUAAAAAAAAAUCCAGACACACCAGUGAUUCCCUUGUAUAAUAAUACAGAUUCUUAUCCUUAUAUUAACGCAGAGGUCUGACCUAGAUCAGUGAUAAUUCAGUUGAAAUUUUGGAUAGAAAGAGAAAAAGUACCCGCUAAAUCACUCAAAUAACAGCAGUUACAGAUUGGGCCAGUUUAUAGCCUUAUUCAAUUACCUUAUAACUCGGGUUUAAGUAUAAAGUGCAGUGCUAUAAUUGUAUUAUGUUCAUUAAAAAACAAUUGCUUAAGUUAAUGAUUAAUAAAGUGCAAUGCAAUAUCAUCCCUUCAGUGAUUCAAUUCAAUUUUAAAAGACAAAAGUUUGGUGCUUGUGCCCAGGCUUAAACAAAUGAUAAGCCACCAAUGACCCUUAGCUGGGAUAAACCAACUAAAAUAUUGUAAAUAGCAACGUUGCUUGAGAAAUGGAUGAUUCUAUUCCCCCAUCAAAUUGUGCUUGAGGAAUUAGUUCAUAAAUUAUAAAGUGCUUAAUAGUGAGGAAUAAUUAAAUAUAGUAAAAGGUAAUUAAAAAUGAAUUAAUUAGAGUGACCACAAUUAAUAGGAUAAGAAUUAUAAUAAAUGCUCAGUUCAUGAAAACAGGAGAGAAACUGGAAGAAAAAGGAAGGUCUCUUUCUAUCCCAAAUUUCAACAAGACCAUCAAUAUAUCUGAACUCUAACUCACUGCUUUGUUACACCUACGUCUCACUUAUAUUGGCAUUAUAACAAACUGACCAAUGAAAAGCAAGAACAAAUAACAUAAUAUAAAAAAUGAUGAUGAUGAUGAUGAUGAUGAAGUGGAGAGACUUCUGUAACUGUCUCUCCCAGGCUCGCAAAUAAGCAAAAUACUGUAUUUUGGUGUAAUCUGUAAAAAGCACUGGUGCUGUGAAGCUUGGCCUGCGUCUUGCAUUUAAUUAAGAAUAUUAAUAUUAAUUACUUGAGCUAUUCCCAGUGUUGGUUUCUUUUGGAAUAUGGGGGCAUUUACUCACCAAUAACAGAAUUGUAUUACAUUGUGACAACAUGUACAUGUAAUUAAAGGGGUCGUUUACCUUCCAA